AUGUUUCUUGCUGCCCUCCUCAAUUUCUUGGCUAACGCCUUUCACUUUAUCACCUGCGGAAUCUUUCUUGAACCGUCACAGAACCCAAAGAACAUGUCUCAGAAGCCAAAACACAUCGUCACAAUAGGCGGCUCUUUCGCCUCUGUCCGGACAGCUCACAAGUUCCUCCAAGGGAUGCAGAACAAAAGUGCAGGGCCGUACAAGGUGACAAUGAUCUCUCGUGAUUCUCACUUCUUCUGGAAUCUUGCCAUGCCCCGCGCCAUCAUCCCAGGAACUAUCCCCGAUGAUAAGCUCUUCCAAGCUAUUGCUCCUGGGUUCGCAAAAUACGGUGACAAGUUUGAGUUGAUCGUUGCUACGGCUACUGGUAUCGAUAUCAGUAAUAAACAGGUCAAGGUUUAUAAAGCAGGGCAGGAGACUUUUAUUAGCUAUGAUUAUCUCCUCAUUGGUACUGGAUCUUCGACUAAAGCCGAGUCGCCAUUUAAGUCCAGGGGAUCAACGGACGCAACGAGAGAGUAUGUUCAUGCGUAUCAGAAGCGUGUUGGAGAAGCUCAGUCCAUUAUUGUUGCUGGUGCGGGACCAACUGGUGUAGAGGUUGCAGGCGAGUUAGCGGACUACUAUGGCAACAAGAAGGAAAUUAGCCUGAUCAAUGCUGGGCCAAGUAUCCUCGAUAAUCGCCCCGACAGCGUCUCCAAGUCCGCACACGGUCAACUCGAGAAGCUCGGCGUCAAGAUCAGACUUAACACAAAGGUUACUGAGUCCAUUACUCUUCCCAAUGGCAAGCAGAAAGUCACUUUCUCCGACGGAAAGACGGUAGUCACAGACCUCGUCAUUCCAACAUUUGGCGUGGCCCCCAACUCAUCUUUCAUCCCGCCUGAUCUUCUUGACGCGCACGGCUAUGUCAAAGUCGAUCAAUAUCUCGCCGUCGAAGGUCGAGAGGAUGUUUUCGCAAUUGGCGACGUGUCUAACGUCGAAGCACCGCAGUUCUGGUUCGUGAAUACGCAGGCUGGUCAUAUGGCCAAGAAUUUGGUGCAGAUAAUGCUUGGAAAACCUAUGAUUCCAUACAAAGCCUCGACCACUGCAAUGGGAGGAAUGCAGAUCGGCAAGUCUGGCGUAGGCCAUUAUGGAAAUUGGCGCAUCCCAGGUUUUAUGGUCCAUGCGAUCCGAAAGACGUUGUUUGUUGAACAAUUGCCCAAAAUUAUUGACAAUGGCAAUUGA